AUGGCUACUAAAUGUUCCGAUUAAAAAUCAACUAUAUGUUUUAAUGCAAUAGAAGGAGUUUGUGUAGUGUUUAAUUCUAUUUGCAUUAGAAAAGGAUGUGACACAGCCCCAUCAGAUGCUUCUCAUAAUGAUUCAGAAUGCUCCAAUUAUUCAUAGGCUUGUACAGUUGCAAGAGCAGGUGGAUGUCAAGUCAGAACUGCCUGUUCAUUAUAUAAAACAUAACUAUAAUGUAAAUUAGAUAUGAAUGAUAAAAAAUGUUACUGGAAUCCUACUGUUAAGUCAUGUGUAGAUUUGGUUUGUGCAAAUAUAGAAGUUUCAAAUUUAUUUAAUUCUCAUAAUGCCUGCUAUACAGUUGAUGAAUAUUUACUUUGUACAGUCAGAGCUGUUAAUAAGGUAGCUGUUCUUGGUUGUAUGGCAAGAGGACCAUGUAGUUCAUAUACUAUUGAGGAUUAAUGCAGAGUUAAUGCUAGUAGAAUAGAUUGUGCUUGGAAUACAAAUAGUAGUUUACCUGAACCUGCUUGUUAAGAUAAGUCAUGUACAACUGCUCCUACUUCAAUAUUAACUCACAAUGAUUGCUUCAAUUAUUAUAAUACGAUCAACUAUUAGAUGUACGGUGUAUGCUAGUCCAGAGGAUGUUAAUAAACUGCAGCCUGUUCAACUUAUAUCCAUAGUGAAUAAUGUAAAAUAAAUGAUGUUGGAGAUCCUUGUGGUUGGAAUGGAAAAGAAUGCAAUGAUAAAUCCUGUUCUACUGCUCCUGCCACAUCAGAAUAUGAUAAUGAUGCAAAAUGCAAAGCCUAUUUCAAUAAUAAAUGUACGGUUUCUUUAAAUGGAUAAGGAUGUAUAGAUAUUCCAGAAAUUUGUGAGUUAAUGAAUGAGCAAUAAUGUCGCUACAAUCGUGCUGGACAGCCUUGUUAUUGGAAUAAAUCAGAUUGUAUUACUAAAACUUGUGAAAAUGCUCCUGAAGAAAUAGCUACUGCUGAAUAAUGCAAUAACUAUUUAUAUGGAUGUACAAUAGAUGUUAUAAAAUGCAAAAUAAAAAUCUGUGAAGAUUAUGCUUUAAAAACAGAUGAGCUAUGCAACUAGGCCUUAUCUACUUGUACAACAAAUGGUAUUAAUUGUGUAACCAGAGGAACUUGUGUUUAAGCUUAAAAUAAAGCAGGAUGUGUUGUAUCUUCUACUGGAUAAUCUUGUGAAUGGAUACCAGAUGUUGUAAAUUCUCAAAAUGUUGUAAUUACUGCAGCAUAUUGUACAAUUAAAACAUGUAAUACUGCCCCAAUUAGUUUAUAAACAGAUGUAGAUUGUGCAAAGUAUUUUACAAAUUGUACAACAAAAAGUGGAGGUGGGUGUGUUACUAAAUCAAGUUGUUCUGCUGCUACUAUAAAUGCAGCUUGUAUAACUGCAUUAAAUGGUACAAUAUGUGCAUGGGAUUAUACAUUAAAUAAGUGUAGAGAUAAAGAUUGUCAAGAUUUUAUAGGAACAACUCACGCCAUUUGUUAAACUUAAAGAUAAGAAUGUACUGCUGGACCAAAUGGUAGAUGUGCUAGAGUAUAAAGUUGUGAAUCAACUACUAUUAGAGAAGCUUGUAUUGAAGGUACAAAUGGACCGUGUUUAUGGAUUGAGAAGUUUGUCAAUAGUGAUGGUUCAAAAGGAGCUUGUUUUGCAUAUACAUCAUGCAAGAGUUUAGCUUGGAAUAGUGAUGAAUCUUGUAAAUUGAUAAGUAAUAAAUGUACAACUAAUGGAACUAAUUGUAUUGGAAUUACUACAUGUACUGAGACAAAUAUUGAUGGUGGAUGUGUUACAGGUUAUGAUGGAUCUUGCAUUUAAUCUGCUCCUGCUUUGAAUUCUUCUGAUCCUAAGAUUUGUAAACCAUUUAAAUCAUGUGCAGAUGCCUUUUAUGCAACUCAUAAAGAUUGUUAAAUUGCUAAUAAAAAAUGUACAACAGAUGGAACUACGGGUUGCAUUCCUUUAGGUGCAUGUUCAACAUAUAAAUCCUAACCAGGAUGUUAGGUAAAUGAUAAAGGAUCUGUAGUUGAAUCUGGUGUUAUAACUUCAACAGGAGUUUGUACUUGGGAUUUGAGUACAAGUGGUUGUAGAGAUUAAAUUUGCUCUGAUUUGAAUGGUGUUACUCAUUCAAUUUGUAAUUGCUUAAUUAUCAACAUGUACUUCAGAUGUUAUUCUACCUAAAUUAUUUGUUCAACAGCUGUUGGAAAUGAUGGAAUUUGCUUUUGGGAGGUUGGUUCUACUACAAAUAAUAAUACAGCCAAAUGUAGAUUACUUUCUUGUGCAGAUAUUCAGAAUGGAAUAUCAAUUAGUGUUUGCCAAGCUGCUUUACAAUCUUGUCUUUCAAAUGGAACUAUUUGUAUCCCAAAGGCAAAAUGUUCAACUUAUACAACUAAAGCUGCUUGUAAUUUUGGUGGAUUAGAUGGACCUUGUGUAUUUAAUUAAUCAACUUCUACAAAAGCUAUAACUGAUAGCGGGACUUGUACUUUGAUGAAUUCUAUGUUCAUCUGCAAAUAAGGACUAAACUGCUUGUUUAGCUAGCAUAUAGAUAAGAUGUUCAUGGAUGUCCAGCAACUUCUAAUUCAUACCUGUGCUACAAAUAAUGCCUUGUGUGGAACUUGUUCAAGAUUCUUUAAUUGGGAUAAAUAAUCAUAAUAAUUAUGUUCCUUGAUUAAUGGAAUGUGUAGAGCCACUGAUCCUUCAACAUUAAACUAAACUGAUUGUUUUAGACUUUCAGGAUAUGCAUAUACAUGGGACAGCGCAACAAAUAAAUGCUAAGUUUGUACCAAAUAAGAUUAGCCAAGUAGUAAUGUCAAUAACACAAUCAAUGAUACAAAUAAUAAUAAUACUAAUACGGCUUAAAGGUUAAUACUAACAUCAUUAACAUUUAUUUUAGGCUAUUUUAUCAUUUGA